AUGUUGCUAGAAUCUGAGGAAUAUACAAAUCAAUGUGUACGGCAGUGUUGGAAAAGCGCUGCCUAUAAAUUCAAUUGGGAAAACAAUGAGAUGGAUUCGGUCCUGCAAGCCCAAAAAUGGAUAUGGUUGGUCACCCGUUUUAAAGAAACGGAAGAGCUACGAUUAGUGUUGCAGCAAUCAACAGGGAAAUAUCUAUUAUGUGACUUCUUAGUCUGCUCUCAGUAG